AUGACCAGAUUGGCUUCUAUUCACCCCAGCCCUCGACAUGUCGUGCGCUUGCUUGAUGACUUCGAUUUAGCGGGUCCGAAUGGAACACACAAAUGCCUCGUAUUCGAGCUUCUAGGGCCUAGUAUCCCUGAGACAGUCGACGUACACUUUCCCGAUGGCAGGCUUCCUGGCAAGCUUGCCAAAACCAUUGCAAAACAGGCUCUUAUUGGACUUGACACUCUGCACCAGCAUAAUAUUGGACAUGGAGACAUCCAUACUCGCAAUUUAGCGUUUACUGUUCCCUGUGUGAACAAUGUAUCUGAGGAGGACUUCAUCAAGAUUUUGGGGAAGCCAGGAAUUGGGCAUGUGCGAAGGAGCGAUGGAAAAGAUCUAGAGCCUGGCGUACCAAACUACAUUGUCCGGCCUGCCUCAUACCGUUCUCAUUUUUAG